AUGGCAACGCCCGAUCCGGAGAGGACCUACUUGCAUGUGAGUGUGCUGGCUUUUAGUCUUUUCUUCUUGCUGAUCCAGGAUCCCUUGUUGCCAGAGACAAUUGUGCCAACCGAGGAGCUGCGUUUUGACAGUAGAGAUGAAGCCAAGGAAUUUUACAAAUUCUAUGCGGGCAAGGCAGGGUUUGAUGUGCGCAUAACCAAGACAAGUAGGAAGACGGUACUGGAGUUGUCGUGCAACAAACAAGGACACUGGGAUUACUACAAGCCUGGUGAGGAGAGGGUACGUGAGAAAAUGUCAAUGAGGUGUGGCUGCAAAGCUUUUGUGAAGAUUAAAUGGAACCAGAAGAAGGACUAUUGGUUCUUUGAGAGGAUAAGGUUGGAGCACAAUCAUCCACUGCAUCCCUCGCCGACCGUAACACAGUUCUUGAGGAUACAAAAGGACAAGGACCCUAUAGUCAUGGGUAUUGUUGAUCAGAUGCAUAGGUGUGAUGCUUCCCACAACACUACAGUAAAUGUGCUGGCAGAAUUAUAUGGUGGUCGGCAGAACUUCACGUUCACGGAAAUGGAUUUGAGAAAUAGGAAAGCUGCAACUGCCAGGGAGGAGAGGGAAAAUGAUAUACCAAAGUUGCUUGAGUUCUUCAGGGAAAUGAAGGCCCAUAAUGAGUAUUUCUACUAUGAGUUGCAGGUAGACAGUGAAAAUGUUAUCAAGAAUGUGUUCUGGAGUCAUGCAAGCCAGCGUGCAGAAUAUAUAGAUUUUGGAGAUGUGGUUACAUUCGACACCACAUACAAAACAAACAUGUAUAGCAUGCCUUUAGCCAUGUUUGUUGGGUCAAACCAUCAACUGCAGAAUGUCGUGUUUGGGCAAGCAUUGUUGCAGGAUGAGCAAGCUAACACAUUUGAGUGGUUGUUUGGGGCAUUCAAAAACUACCAGGAUAGUUCAAUGGCGGCAGCGAUCAAGAAGGUGUUCAAACAAACACAGCACAGGUUGUGCCGUUGGCACAUGCUUAAGAAGUAUAAACCAGAGCUGAAAAAACUAUACAAGAUUCAUGAUGGUCUGAAGAUAAAGCUCGUCACCGCUGGUAACUGGCGGCUGACGUUGCAGCCCUUUGAUGGCCAUCUUAGCAGAGUGUACACACGAGCCGUGUACAAGAAAUACAGGGAAACUUAUAUUUAUAGUACUGCUUUCCGUAUUGAUCCUCAUCCUAACGAGGUUGAUGUUUACCUGGUGACGCACACGGAUCAGUCAUGGCAAUAUGCUUGGUUUCAACAUUCAUUCAGAGUGGAGGCUGAUGUACGAUCCGGUAGAUAUACAUGCGAGUGCAAGACAUGGGAGCAUACAGGCUUGUUCUGCGCCCAUCUUAUUAAAGCCUUCACGUACCUUCAGAUCAACAACAUACCUGCAGAGUACAUAAUGAAGAGAUACACGAGGGGUGCAAGAACGAUGGUACCGUGGGACAGGCAUGACAUUGUGACUUCGGUACCGGGUUGUGAGAGCGAUCAAUACAAAACAAAGAAACUAGUAGAAAUUGCGAUGGCUGCUGUGAGAGCAUGCCGCAAAACAAGUCUUGGGUUCGAGAAAGGCUGUGAGCAGCUGUCUGCAUUGGUUGAGUGGGGUGAAAGUAUUGCAAAAGGUACAGGAGCAUCACAUGUGGGGGAUCAUACAGAAGAACAGAGUGAUGUGAUCCCGCAUACUAUAGGUGAACCUGCGGCUAGUUUGGCUGAACAAGAUUCAGCAGUUGAUACUGCAGUCCAAAUUUCGGAGUGUGCACCAAGGGAGGCAAGAACAAAGGGGAGGAAGCGUGGAGGGAGACAGGUUGUUAAUGAACAUGCAAGUUCCAGUAAGGCACAGGGGCAGCGGACAUGUGGAUAUUGUGGAUCUUUGGGUCAUUAUAGUACGGGGUGUGAUUUGAACCCGGAUAACAUCAAUAAGAAACGAGGUGCAGGUGGGAGUUUGCGGGGCAAGAUGGGACGGAAGAGGGGGAGACCACCCACAAAAAGGCAACUGGAGGAUGAGUUUAAUGGUGUUGCAUGA